UCUAUUGGGUGACGCUCCUAUUCGUGUUAUAUAGUGCAACGGAUAUCUUUACUCGACAUUUCUAGAAAAACCCUCGAAAUUCGCCACCCGAUUAAUUUCUCAACUCCAAUGGGGCGGAGCAGCAGCAACGGUAGAUGGGCGACGGCGGUGGCUUUGGCCUUCUGCGCCACAUUGCUGGUGAUGUUACCGGAAGUUUCCGCCAAGCGAUUCAUCGUCGGAGGCAACAUGGGCUGGACUUCCAACGUUAACUACACUCUGUGGGCUGGAAACCAAACGUUCUACCUCGGCGAUUGGCUCUAUUUCGUAUACGACAGGAACCAAAACGACAUACUUGAAGUGAACAAGACGAACUAUGAGACGUGCAACGCCGAGCACCCUGUUCACAAUUACACCACCGGCGCCGGAAGAGACGUGGUGGCACUCAACGUCACCCACGACCGCUACUUCAUGAGCAGCAAAGGCUCCUGCUACGGCGGCAUGAAACUUCACGUACAUCUCACCGCCUUACCACCACCGCCACGCGCCGCCGCUGCAAAAAGCGAUUCUUCAAGAUUCACCGCCCUCAGAAGCCAGCUGGUCAUCCCCGCCGCCUUUGCCAUCGCCGCCAUAUGGGAUUCCCUUGUCUUCUAAAUCUGAUCCAGAAGCCAAUUUAGGUAAGUUUUGGGUUUUUUAUUUAUUUUUUUUUAAAUUAAGAAAAUUGGGUGUUUGAAUUUUGUUUUAUGGUUCAUCAUCGAAGUUUGAAAAUUUGUUUAUGGGGUUUUGAUUGUGUUGGGUUGAUUGGAUGUAAUUGAAUAUUGAUUUUUUUAAUGGGAUUAUUAAUUUAUUAUAA